AAAAAAAAAAAAAAAAGGGCCAAGAUGACUACCGGUUUUGCUGUCCGUAAGAACGGUUCCUGCCUCCGAACCGAGAAUGACUGCGGUGAAACCGUUGGCGGGUUUCGCGGCUGCUGCCCGGGAGGUACAUUCUGCCCUCACGCCUACAAUAUCGAUUGUUGCCCAGCCGAAAAAAAUUGCACGGAGUCGUUGGUGCAGGAACCGAGGUGUGCGAAUGCAACAUGGGAUCUGUAUGACAACGGAGGGUAUUUUUGCUGUCCACACGACACGAUAGGAUUCGCGCUGGCAGGACAAUAUGAUGGCUGUGCCGGCACAGGUUACUCAUUUGGUGAUCAGGACACAAUGUUAAAGGUUAUCUCUUCAGGGACUGUGGCACUACCUUCACCAACAUCUGCAACCUCUGAAAUAUCCUCAACAUCCACAACAACAUCAGGUACAACUACCUCCGCAGCAACCACUCAGACAUCCUCCUCCUCAUCCUCGUCAUCAGGUGUAAGUAAGGGUGCAGUCGCGGGUGGUGUCAUCGGCGGCGUCGCCGGUGUAGCCCUGAUUGCAGCUUUUAUUUGGCUUUUCAUGAGGCGCCGGUCGCGGCCUCAGCCGGCGCCUAUACAAGACGGGAAUACACCAAUUCAUGACUACAAAUACAUAUCGAGCCAGCCCGUUGAAGUGGAUGGGCAGGGACAUCGGUACGAGCUGGAGAGUCGGCCUAAUGCGCCAGUUCACGAGUUACCGGCGCAGCUCUCAGAUCGGUGACAGGUGGGGAGAACGACAUUCAUUCGGUGUAGUUAUAAAGCCUUUAUAUAUUCUUAUACAUAAUGUGUACAUUUAUUUCCUAGAGCGGUUUGGGGUUCCUUAUGAUAUCACUUGUCUGUUUUACGCUUUCAUGUCGCGUUGCGUCGUUGGCAUGCGCAAUCCUUCAUUGCCUUCUUAGGCUAGGCUUCAUGUUUAGUUUAUUUCCUGGCUAGGGUGUG